AGUGUGUGUGAUGUGAUGUGAAAAUAUCUAUCACAAUAGGAACGAAAUUUUUAUUUAUUAUUCUUGCUCAAGUAAAAUAUUACUUGAUAAAUAACUACGUAUUUUCAAUCAAUAGCUAUAAAUUAUAAAAAUAGAAUCAUAACACAGUUUCAAAAUCUUAUCGGCCACCAUGAAUCCAAUGUCAAUGGACCGAGAUGAACCAUCUUCUUUGUUGUCUUUCUCCACGAAUCAUCCCCUGGAACAGUUCGUGCUGCUAGCGAAAGGUGCCAAGGGCUCGGCAUGUGCGGAACUUAUAAAACAAGUUCUUGAAGCACCAGGCGUCCACGUAUUUGGAGAAUUACUGGAAAUGCCGAACAUACAAGAGUUAGAAACUGGACCUUACGCAUCACACUUCAAAACUCUAAAUCUCUUUGCUUAUGGCACCUACAAAGAUUAUUUGGAAAACAAAUCUGAUUACUUGGAGUUGAGUCCGGCACAGUGCAAGAAGUUGCAGCAUUUGACUAUAGCCACUCUCGCCACUCAGGAGAAGUGUAUCCCAUAUAGUGUACUGCUUAAGGAACUGGAUAUAAAAAAUGUUAGGGAUUUGGAGGAUCUCAUUAUUGAAGCCAUCUAUGCAGACAUAAUUCAUGGCAAGUUGGACCAAGAAUGCAAGCGUGUGGAAGUUGACGUGGCCCUAGGCCGUGAUGCCCGCCUGGAAGAUGCUUCGUCCAUAGCUGAUGUGCUAGCAGAUUGGUGCAAUGCCUGCGAAGCUGUGCUCAGCUCUGUUGACAGGCAUAUCCAAAGGGCUAACCUUAAAAAGGAGAGGUCUAUUAGACACCAACAAGCUAUUGAGCAAGAGAUACUAUACAUAAAGAAAACAUUGAAAACUCAGGCAGAAAACGAAGAAUCAGCGACGGGGGGCGUCACGGAGACUCACGCUGCGCCUAAAAAAAACUCAGGCAAAGGAAAAACCCCUCGGAAUGCAGCUAAGUUCUGGCAGAAGAACACAUAAUACAAUAAUGUAUAGUUGUGAUAAUGUUAAUAAAGAUUUUAAUUAUGCCUGUAUGUAAUAACA